GGAGCUUAUACUGCGAGACUUCCUUGUAUCUCAGGAGGCUAACCAUCCUGUCUCUUCUAACACACUUAUUAUACCUUUGACGGCUACGACAGAGCGAGCGUGCCAGGCCGACUCUUCCCACCCCACAUAUCCCUCACAAGUGUCGCUGCUUAGCUCCAAGCAUUCUUCCUGGGCUCAGCUCAGCCUCAUUGCGCCGAGGCAACGACGCCCGUGCCUGGCCCUCAAAAGCCGCCAUUGACGCCUGCAUCACAUCGACGAUCUUGGCCGGUACACGACGUCGUGAGCGCGCAAUCGACUCUACCCGUCGCCUCUGCUCCGUCUCUUGGCUCAGCAUCCGAGGUCGGGGACUCUUCGCAGCCUUCUUCCCUUCCUGGCUUGUCUAGCCUAAUGAAAAACGUCUUCUCAUGAGCUCGGAGCAGUGGGAGAGUAACCGCGAAUGGCAUGGGGCUGGCCCUUCUCCGCACACGACAGCAACUCCAUAUGAUGCAGUCGGCCAACACCAGGGCCCCUUUGCUGCUGAGCAACCAGAGCUGAGAUGGCAAGGAGAGCCACCGGACCACUCCGGCCAGACCCGUCAGCAAGACUACGGCAAUGCACCUGGCCCUCAGGGCAGUGUCAAUGCAGCAGGGACAUCAUCGCAUGAUUGGGCCAUCCCUGCAUUACCUACGAGAACCCACAGUGGAAGCACCUCGUGGCCACCUGCGCUCACCCCAAGUGGGUCCUCUUCACUACAUCGUCCCUCUGACUCUACGGGGACAAGCAAUGAAAUCGACUUCGGCACAGUGCAAGAUUCCAAUGCAUGGUUCGGUGACUCGCCCUUACUAGGAACCGACAUUCCUUCUUACCAUGGCCUACCAGUACCCUUUCCUCCACACGACUCGUCUGCGACCGGACUACUGCAAUUCCUAGGGUCUGGCGACAAAGUGGUCAGCGGCCACGCGGUUGGCAAUCCAAUUUCUGGAAACCUUGAGACAAGCCUGAAUAGCGCCAUACCCUAUACUUCCGAAACCUUACUUUUGGGCUCGGACUUCCCGUCCGAUCUCGAGGGCACUGCCUCCUCUGGUCUGCUGACCUCGGAACAGCUGUGGGGAGAUGCCAGCCCAUCUGUGCUCCAUCAGAACACUUUACCAGCGCAGCAAGAAGGAGAGAUUUACGGGCAAUUACCCGCAUCGCAUACAGCAUCCUUUCCGGGACCUUGGCUCCCUCCUUCCGGCCUCUCCCCGCUGAGUCAUGAGAUUUCGGCCGUUGCAGGCGUCGCCCAACAUACUCCUUUCAACCGGACUGAUCUUUCCUCUGUUGGAUUCGAUCGGGAACGGACCUCUCAUUGGGCAGAGGAAGCCAAGCAUUUCUCUCCGGAUGUACAACAGCAGCCUCCACGGUCCGCGACCACCGACUCUAAGCGCCCGAGUAACGCCCGAAUGUCUAGCUCUGGCUGUAGCGAAUGCCAGAAGCAUGCUUUGGUCUGUGACAUACAGGAAAAGACAGCUGAACGACGUACGCAAGAGGGUCUUGGAUCUGAAAAAGGGUCUUUGAAGUGCUCACAUUGCGAGCAGCAAGGUCAGGAGUGUACAGUGGAGAAGAAGCCCGUUAUUGCCAAGAAGCAUGGCAGACCCAGCCGUACAGGGAGGAGGAUUGAGCAGGCAAGGUUGAUGCACGGCUCCGUCAAAUCUCAUGGAGCCGUCCCUGACCCAGCCUCUAUGCCAAACGAUCCUGGCCAGUCUGCCAUGAGCUUCCCUGGUUUAGACAGUCUUCAACGCAGCACUUCUCGUCUGCCGGCCUCUGUCAUCAGCGGAGCCGUGUCGUUGCGUUUGCUUACAUGCUUCUUCGCCACAGCUCACAUUCAAAUGCCUAUAGUCGACUUUGCCAGUUUUAGCAGUCGGUACAAUCUGGCAAAAGGUGACGCUCGCAUUAUGAGUAUCAUGCUCAACGGUGGAGACGAGGAGCAGGACAUUCCCUCCAUGUCGAUCGUCAUACCCGGUCUUAAAGGAGACCGAUGGCCCGAUACUGGGGACUCUACCAUCUCUACACCGGGCACUAGUGAGACCCUGAUUGCUGUGAUGCAGGCUUGGGCUGCUCAUUACACGGACAUGCCGAUUGCAUUCGGGUCCGAAGCAGAGAAGCUUGGCAUCACAGGAGACGGCCGGGGAAAGGGAACCCUCGCAGGCAGGAGCGGAGACCGCAAGAGUCCGGCCGAUGACGCGGGGAGCGAUAAGGAAGCGACUAUCACGGGCUCCUUUGCUGCCACUUCUGGCGGCAGCUAUGCUCACCUUCCUCCAUCGAAGAGGCCCAAGCGCAAGCAGGGAGUCGCUUGUGACACAUGUCGUCUACGUCGAGUCAGGUGCGAUCUCAUGGAGCGGAAGGACGGGAUGCCUUGCUCCCGUUGCCAGGACAAGAAGAUUGUGUGUACAGACGACUACAUCCAGACAAAGCGCCGUAAGAGCGAAGCAAAGAAUCGAAAGGAGAAGGAGAGACUCCGGAGAAGUAUCGGUGGCUCUAGUAGUUUCAGUGGAGCCGCGAGCGACACAGGAAGCAGCUCUGCAGGGGCAGCAAGCUCUGACAGUGUACACUACUACAACAGCGGUCUGUCCAUGGCGGACCAGUUGGGAGACAAUCCUGACCCACUGGCAUGGACAGAAGUUCCUGCCACUCCAGAGAUAUUAGCUGGUUCCGCCAAGUUCCCUUCCCUUGUGCCGCUCGGCCAAGCCAGACAGGCGUUCUGCCACGACCUCCUCACCCGUGCUGUCGUCAUGGUCCACAAGCAUCAGCUCCUGUACCGACCUUCGGUGGAAGCUGUACAGGCAUUGGUGCUCCUAGUACAACUCUUCUACUUGGUCGAUCCUGCCUUUGCAUCGGAGAUGACGACGUCCGCUGCUAGUCACAUGAGGAAGCUAGGUCUGCAGAGCGUUGACGAGAUCGACGAGACUGAUCAGCGGGCUGUGACCAAUCUCUUCAACUUGAUGCAGCUCAAGAGGGUUUGGUGCUCCAGCUGGACUGGUGAUGCCAUCGCUACUUGCGUCUAUCGUCGCUUGCCCAACUUCAAGGAGGAGAAGGCCAUCACUAUCAGGAGCAGCGCGGGUGGCGGGCAGGCCGGAAGCAGCCAAUCAGGAGUCAAUGCUGGUGACCGAGGUGCCAGGCCACCGUCGCCUAUGCCGUCAGCGGUGGCAGCCGACGGAUCAAAGGGUCCCGGCGCCGGUAUCGGAGUUCCUUCCUCUACCGCUCGAGCCAAGAUACCUGAGCUCACUCCUGAGAUGGGUCUCUCCUUCUCGGUCAUGGCGAUGAUGCAGAUCGGUGUCCUUGCUCGCUUCGUGACCAAGCACGUAGACGGCAUUGCUGGCCCAACACUUCUUCCUCCUCAAGAGCGAUUCCCGAUGCUGCCCACCUCUUCCGACAACAAGAAGCUCUCGAAAGCUUGUCAUGCAGUCUGGAAGAGUAACGAGGCCCUUAUUGCUUUCUUCGAUCGAUGCACUCUCAAGAGUUGGAGGCAGAUGGAAGCCCUCAAGAUCUUCCAACCCAAGAGUUGGAUCGCAGCCGUCAAGAUCACGUCCGCCAUGAUCAUACUCAGUGUCUAUCGUAUCCUCGGAGAACGUCAUCGCCUCAAUGCCGACUAUCUGAGUGCGGUCAGUCGAGCGCACGGAGCUCACGUCAUCUCGUCAGAGGACGCGCAUCAGUCACGUCAACUCAAGGAGUUGUUCCAGCAUUCGAGCCAGAAAGCCCUCCUUUCUUGUCGUCGAGUGGCGCGGCUGGUUGAAAAGAUCCUCCAGAAGCCCUCAUUGACUUUCCAGACGGGCGGAAUCUUCCAGCGACAGAUCUUUGCCAUUGCUCAGUUCCUGGCACGUACAGAGCUGGAGAAGUCUGCCUCGAUGGGAAUGGGAGCCGACGGCGCCGCUGGAAGCUCCUCCGCCGUAGCACGCGGUCUGAAGACGGCGGAAGCAUCGCCCCCGCCACCUAGCAAGGCCCACGUCGAUCCCCGCUCCCUUUCGAUGCACGCUACAGGAACCUUUAUCCCGGUCGUACAGCCAGAACCCUACAAUCCAUCCCCCUCGGACUUGUACGACCUAGCGCUGGACUUUGAUGCGCCCUUGCCGGUCUUUGAUGCUGAGGCAAGAAGGCGGGAGGUCUCUGCAUGCACCCAGGCACUCGAUCAGCUGGGCUUUGCUUGGCCUAUGGAAGAAGAGUUGGAAAGCGUGAAUAAUAUUGUGCGAGGAGGUGGGACUGGGAGGCGGUUCGGUCAUGCUUUGGCGUGAGGAAAAUAUCAAAAUUGCGCGUAGAUUCACUAUCUCCUUUCGAAUAAUAUCUUAUUCGCCUCGACAUUUCUGGUUGCUCGUCUUGCCCUAUCGCAAGCGCAAUCGUGGGGUUACGACCCAAAUAUAGACUGCCUCG